GAGGGGAUGGAAUUUUGGGAUCCGCCAUGUGAAGCAAAGCCCAAAGUUAUUGGCGUUUGCUUACACUCGCUUUGUUGCGCCUGCGCGGCAGCUGACCGGCACAGCUUGGACCAUCUCAGCCUGCAGCCGACAUCUCUCUACGACAGGGAGAAGCACUUCGGCUAUCAGUGGUUGCGUGUGCGCCGAUUCCACCGCCUGCUGGCAGGGACCAACCGCAUGGAGCUAUUUCGAGAAGCCAGCGAGGACAUUCCACCAGCUUUACGUUCCGAGAUUUGGUCCGCUUUGCUAGGGGGCGCUCCCUCAGUCGUGGACCAGACUUGCUGGGCACCCUUCUAUGAGAAUCUACUCACUGCGCCUUUGAAGAGCCGAGAUCAACUGGGCCAUGCUCAUCUACUGGGCCAUCGCGCCAGCUCGAAUGCUUUGGCAGCUCCAGCUGCGGAGGAGGACAUCCUGCAAACAGCCAUGGUUUGCAUCCAAGGCUGGCAAGAAAAGCACCAAGGCAUCAGAAGAGGCGAGUCCCACAAUGUGGGCUCAGUCAUUGCCAGGCUCGAGAGAAUUGUCCGGGCCCUGCUGACCUCCAAUCCCUCACUGCGCUGCGCGGCAGGCCUGGGGGUAUUGUGCCAGCCCAUUGCCGCCGUCUUCGGUGCCGAGGAGGCAGCAGCUUUCUUGGCAGCGCAGCGUAUCCUCCACGGCUUUCUUUGGCCGCUCUACGGUCGCGAUGGCAAAGCACAGCGCAGGCACUAUCUGCAACUCUUUGGGGCUCUGCUCGGUUUUGCCGAUCCAAUCCUGGCGCUUCAUCUGCAGGAGCUGGGCAUGGAACCGGAGGCUUACGCGAGCGAUUGGUUCUCUACCUGGUUCGCUCAGCUUCUUCCACAAUCGCAGGCUGUGCGUUUGUGGGACGCUUUGCUCCUGCGGCCGCCGCAGUUUUCGCUUUUCGUUGGAGUUUGCUUGGUGCAUUUCUUCCGGCUGUCCUUGUUGGCGUUGGAGGAAGCGUCCCAUGUCGCCAGUUUCCUGGCCAGUUGUGCUCAGCUCGUCGACUGUCAAGUGCUGGUCUCCUCUGCGCUCGCUCUUUUUCAGGCCACUCCGGCCUCUGUGACGCUGCCGGUGUUCCCGCGGCAUUCUGCCGGCGAGGCGCUUCUGUGGGAGCAUGGUUCUACCGCGAUGGCAGCAGCAGAUCCCGAUUGGGGAUAUCUUGAUUCAAUUUCGAUGGACCCGUGCGUUGAUCCAAAGAUUGAUCCAAGCGGGCUUAAAGACGGUGAGACAUCUCCACACCAACAGCUAUUGCAGCAUGCCACGGAGCAGUGGCGCCAGUGCGAGUGGUGGCGGCAGAGAAUCAACAACAGCCCAACUCCUCCCAUCAUCACCGUGGACGACCUCCUCAGCUUUCGAAGCUGCUGCUAUGUGCUGGAUGCGCGCUCAAGCGAGGAGUUCGCCGACUGCCACUUCCAAUCCAGUAUCCACGUUAAGGAUGCAGACGUCCUGGACUUGUUGAGGACUUUGCCACAAGAGCUAGUGGCGCAGUGCGGUACGCCUUCACCGUCCUCCCUGCAGAAGACAAGCACGUCAGCAAGUGGAGCACAAGCAAGUGCUGAAGGAAGUGCGGCUGCAUCUGAGCCGCUCGCUUCCAGCAGUCCUGAAGAAGCGCCUCCUUGGCUGGGCAAGGAUCUCCGGCCGCGUCUUGUGGUCGUGGUGGGUGGGGAAGACUUGGGCACCGACUUUGCGGAACGACUUCGGAGCGAAGGUAUCCGGUGA